AUUCAUCUGUGCACUUGGGCGUUGGACUCCGCAUCUUAUUAGCGAGCGGGGAGAUUUCUCCAUUUUCCUGUUGUAUCCAGCGCGGAGACCGAGCAUUGGGAUAUAUAUAAUAGGAUUGUGCCCGGGCGAGAGCGCACAGGAGCGGCCGUAGUUUGCGUGCACAGCAUUGACAACGAUGGGAGCCCAAUUCUCCAAGACCGCAGCCAAAGGCGAAGCCGCCACCGCCGAGAAGCCCGGGGAAGCCGUGGCCCCCUCACCCUCCAAGACCAACGGCCAGGAAAAUGGGCAUGUAAAGGCCAACGGUGACGCUUCUCCUGCAGCUGCUGAGGCAGAAAAGGAGGAAGUUCAGGCUAAUGGAAGUGCCCCUGCCGAGGAGACCCCCAAAGAGGAGGCUGCAGCAGCUGAGGCCGCUCCAGAGAAAGAGGCUGCUGCGUCUGCUGAUGGGGAGAGCACAGAACCAGCCUCUCCAGCUGAGGGGGAGGCCUCAGCCAAAACAGAAGAAGCAGGGUCCACUUCUACCCCUUCCACCAGCAACGAGACCCCCAAGAAGAAAAAGAAGCGCUUUUCCUUCAAAAAGUCUUUUAAGCUGAGUGGCUUUUCUUUUAAAAAGAACAAAAAGGAAAAUAGUGAAGGAGCUGAAGGCGAAGGGGCAGCUGCCUCCAGUGAAGGCGCCAAGGAGGAGGCUCCUGCAGCUGCUCCCGAGGCCGCCGAUGAAGAAGCAAAGCCUGCCCAAGAAGAGGCCCCUGCUGCAAGCAGCACAGAGGAAAAGAAAGAGGAGGCUGCUGCAGCAUCGCCUGAGCCCCAGGAGACCAAACCUGAAGAGCCUGCACCAGAAAAGCCCGCAGAGGAGUUAAAGCCUACCGAGGAGCCAAAGCCUGAGGAAAAGCCCGCAGAGGAGGCCCCGGCCACUGUCGCCGCUCCUGAAGCGCCAUCUACUGAACCAGAGGCACCAAAAGCCGAAGAGCCUGCAGCUCCAACACAAGAAGCUCCAUCCGAAUCCAGUCCAGCAGCCGAGUCAGCAGAGUAAAGAGAUGGCCGUUUUGAGAUAAUCAAAGAACUUUUUUUCCUCCCCUUGUUUGUUUGUUGGAGUGGUGCCAGGUACUGGUUUUGGAGAACUUGUCUACAACCAGGGAUUGAUUUAAAGAUUUUUUUUUUUUGUCUGUUUUUUCCUCCUUACAGAUCCCAUCUCAAAUCAUUCUGUUACCACCAUUCCAACAGGCCGGGUAGAGUUUACAGCAGUCACCGGCCUUAAUUCUCUUUCGCAUCAGUAUUAAUGUUUUGCGUACUUUGCAUCUUUUUAUUGAAAAUGUAUACUUUAUUUUUUUUUUUUUUUUUUUGUUUUGUCAAUUUAUGGACAUGCCCAUACAUGAAGGAGAUGGGUGGGUCUAUAUAGGGGGAUAUUAAAUGAAGUGAUAGGGGCCACACUGGGGUUUAGGUGGUGCACACAUUGCCAAGAUACUGUGCCACACAGAAUGGGGUCAGGUUUCUUUUGUUUUUUUUUUUUUCUCUUUUUUUUAAUUUUAAGAGACAUAAUGAUGUAUUUUGUGAGGGCAACCUUCUAAAAGGUUUACAACACUAAAGGUCUUGACUAAGAUGGCAAGCAAAAUAAUAAUAAUAAAAAAAAUCAAUACCCAGAUCAUAGUUUUAGUAAUUCAUUUAAACCAUAGGAACUUUUCACUUAUCUCAUGUUAGCUGUAUCAGUCGGUGAUUAAGUAGAAUUACGAGUUGUAUAGGCUUUAUUGUUUAUUGCUGGUUUAUGACCUUAAUAAAAUGUAAUUAUGUAUUACCAGCAGGGUGUUUUUAACUGUGACUAUUGUAUAAAAGGAAUCUUGAUAUCCAAAAGCACAUGAAGUUUGCAACUCCUUCCACCCUGGCCAUUUUUGUAAAACUGCAGUCAUUGGACCUUUUAACCACAAAUUUUAAACUCUACAAAGCUGUGAUAAGUGGAAUGGUUACUGUUUCUACUGUGGUAUGUUUUUGAUUACAGCAGGCAAUGCUUUCUUUUCCAGUUGUCUUUAAGAAUUAAGGAAAACUUCAGAUGCAAUGGUUUUUGUGUAGCAUCUUGUCUUUCAUGUUUUGUAAAUACUGGAGAAGCUUUGACCAAUUUGACUUAGAGAUGGAAUGUAACUUUGCUUACAAAAUUGCUAUUAAACUCUUGCUUAAGGUGUUCUAAUUUUCUGUGAGCACACUAAAAGCGAAAAAUAAAUGUGAAUAAAAUGUA